GAGUGCGCCUGCGCUCCCCAACGCACGACCGAUGUCUCCGCCCAUCUCUUCAAUCCCUCCCUCUCGCCUGACGUUUCUAUGGCGCACGUGCAGUAGCUGCCAGAGAGUGAGCCCCACACACUCACCUGGAGGGAAUUCCACAUACUUGCCUGAAUGGAAUUCUGAUCACCAAAGAUGACCAGCCUUGAAACAUAGCAAAGAAGUCAAAUCCAUUGAGAAUACUCUCUAAAUAGCAAGGCAAACCUGCCAGAGAUGGCUCAUCUGGAUCCAGGAGUAGCUACAGAGCAGGACGUCAUUCAGACACCUGCUUAGAGAAAGACCUUCUACAGAAGUUACGUUUCAGUGAAUUUUUCCAACAUUCAGAUCAUGCAUAGCCUCUGUUUGCAGCCAGCUGACCUCUGUCUCUCCAAGUGGGUUUUCUGUGGGGCCAAGGAGCAGAAAACUUUCUCUGUCAAGACUUUCUUGUGCUAGAAGAAGCCCUGAGGCAGGACAAGCAAGAAAAGGGUCUGUCCAUAAAAGGGCAUUAACAUGUCACUCCGUUUUGGCCAGCACCUUAUCAAGCCCUCUGUUGUGUUUCUGAAGACGGAACUAUCUUUUGCACUUGUGAACAGGAAGCCUGUAGUCACGGGACAUGUUCUCAUUUGCCCUCUCCGUCCCGUGGAACGCUUCCGUGAUCUGCACCCUGAAGAAGUGGCUGACUUAUUUCACACAACACAGCUGGUUGGAAAUGUGGUGGAGCAACAUUUUGGUGGAACUUCACUUACCAUUUCAGUUCAGGAUGGUCCUGAAGCCGGACAGACUGUGAAGCAUGUCCAUGUCCACGUACUUCCGAGGAAGGCCGGAGACUUCAGCAGAAAUGACAGCAUCUAUGACAAGCUCCAGCAUCAUGAUAAAGAGGCAGAGGAUUCCCCCAGCAAAUGGAGAUCUGAGGACGAAAUGGCCGCAGAAGCAGCAAGCCUCAGGAAAUAUUUUUAAUGAAAACAGGAGGCAACAAAGCAUCUUCAAUGAAUUCUGGCAGAGGCAUAAGAAAAUGGAGAAAGGCAGACACCCCGACCCCCGUCUUUUCUGUUGAACAGGGACUUAAGCUCAGAAAAUGUCAAUAUACUCUGCAGAGAUGCUGGAUUCUUCUAUAUGUUGCUUUACUAGCCACACCUCAGAGUUGUUUUGACUAAGAUGUUUGAGUUCCAUACAAAAUGUCUUGAAGUAGUUGCUUGGAUUUUUGUGAGUAAAUCUUUUCAAAUAGUCCCUUGACCUAAAAUCAAUAAAGCAUUAAAACAAA